CAGAUAAUUAAUUCAAUUCCAAAAAAGGUGUGCUCGCCCUACUACUGUCAUUUACUUAGUUUGAUGAGUGAUUAAUAUGUUCUGUAUUAUGGCAAUUGAACGCAAUGCGCAUGCGGCGAAUUUUAUUAUUAGCGGGACGCUUCACAAGAUUACACGGGCCUACUGGCGACUUUCAGAAUGAAGUAGUCUGUUCUUUUUAUACACAUUUACUAUGAACGUACGUCGCAAAAACGAGCUCCUAUCGUGGGUGACGGUCGCUAUAUAAGACAGAGUAAUUUACGUGAUAAAGUGUAUAACAGAGUGAAAAUGAUAGGUAACGGAACUGUAAACGACAGAAAUAAUGCUGAUACGAGUAUACCAUACAAUGUAACAGCUUUUGAAAUCGGUACCUCCAAAACGUGAGAGUCUACCCGAAAAAGAGAAGGAAACAUUGUUUACAAGAUUGGUGAAACGCGCCAUUCCUUCGAUUUCCGAAACAAAACAAUACAUCGGCGUUAUCAUAUGUGGUUUUACAUUAUGGGGAACAUCAUGGUUUAUGAUGAAGAAUAUUGUGCUACCUGGAGGUUUCGUGUUCAAUAUGGCUGGCAUUGCAAUAGCUGGAUAUGUAUUGGGACAUACUAUAGAACGAUACACAAAAAUCACUCCAAUGGUGGGAAUGACUUUAGUUGGUGCUCUAUACAGAAACUUUGGCACAACAAAUUAUUUAGAGUAUCCAGUUGCAGAUAGAAUAGAUUACCAUUUAAGACGAAUUUACCCGGUAAUUAUCCUGACUAAGGGUCCGCUUACUUGGAAUUGGGAAUACAUAAAAAAUAAUUCAGUUAAAGUUUUUUCCUUGGCCACUUUGCCAUGGAUCGUGGAAUGUUCGUCUACUGUAUUCUUCAGUUACAUUCUGUUGGGCUUCCCAUGGUAUUGGGGUUUACACUUAGGUGCAAUAUUAGCUUCAGUGUCACCGGCAGUCGUAGUACCAACUGUGAAUGCACUUAGUAAGAGGGGAUUGGGUGCGAAAAAUCAGAUUGCACAGCUGGUCGGCAACGCCGGUGGACUAGACACCGCGGUCACGGAAGGCGUGUUCGGAAUUAUCAACAGUGCCAUAUUUUAUGAAUCGCCGCUCUCCUACAGAAUUACGAAGGCAAUAUUAGCAGUAUUUCUUGGAAUUGGCCUUGGAAUAUCAUGGGGUAUACUUGUUGAUGUCAUCCCAGAUCAAAAGGAUAUCUACGCGCCUACUAUUCGAAGUCUGCUCAUAUUCGGAGGCGGACUCUUACUCUCCUAUACUGGUGGCUUCUUUGGGUGGGGUGGGACUGCCGGAGUGGCCAUCAUGGUCUGUGCGGGAACCGCAGCGACGCGAUGGUCGCGGCGCGGCUGGGCCACUAAUGACAACCCGGUAUCAGAGGUCUACAAACUCCUAUGGAGAAUUUUUGAGCCUAUACUUUUCACUUACAGCGGAUACUUCUUAGAGGUAUCACAGGUAACAGCAACGGAAAUCUGUCUUAUAGUGGCAUGCAUAUUCUCUGCCUUAAUUCUUCGGUUAGUAACUGCUUUCCUGGUUGCAGUCGCUAACAAAAUGUCGGUAAAGGAGAGUCUAUUCAUAGCUGUCACUUGGAUGCCUAAAGCCAUUGUAGAGGCAGUGCUUGUCCGAGUGGCCGCCGAUUCUCUAAAUAAGGAUGCUGGAAGCCUGGAUAAAAGUAUUGCUACACAACACGCAAAUAUAAUAGUUAUUGCUAUACUUACCACUAGCACACUGGGAUCUGCACUUACUACCAUACUUGGACCUGUUUUAUUAUCACGAGAUUCAAAAGUCACUCCUGAAGAGUUUUAUCGAACACAAGCAAUAUCUACACCAGCAUCUUCAGGACUCAAUAGAAAUACGCCAAGCUCUCUAAAUAAUACAGACGUAAAUUUGUAAAUAAAUAUAUAAAAAAUACAUUCAUUUUUAAAUAAUUA